AUGCGCGUUGGUUUUACACAUUCUAGCAAAGAUUCCCAUAAUAAACCUGGAAACGAUAAGGAUGACACUUUACCCGUGGCUCAGUAUUUACCAGUGUACAGUUCGGAUCUCAAGUGGAUACCACUAACCGGUCAGGAGGAUCAUUUUAAUAUCAAUAAUCCUCCUAUUCCAGUCUCAUCAACAAUACUUAUCAAUAAAUUAGCUCUUGGUGAUGAAAUCGAAGCUCGAUGUGUUGCAGUGAAAGGAAUUGGUCGGGAUCAUGCUAAAUUUUCACCCGUCGCAGCAGCUUAUUAUAAAUUUCAUCCAAUUAUCAAACUUCUUCGUACAGUUGAAGGAGAACAGGCAGUUAAGUUGCAGAAAAGUUUUGCAUCUGGUGUGAUUGGAAUAAACUCAAAAACUGGUCAAGCCUUUGUCGAUAAUGCUCGUUUAGAUAAUGGUUCUCGAGAACAUAUGCGUCAUCCUGAAUUCCGUGACGAUGUUAUUUUCGUUGGGAUGGAUUCAUCACAUUGUAUUUUCACUGUUGAAACGAUAGCUCCUGGUAGCCGCCCUCCAUCAUCAUUAGUCCGUUGUGCUUUAGGUGUUAUGAUUAGCAAAUGUUCACAUUAUAUGGCUGUUACAGAAACACCUGGUUUUGGAGAUCAAGUUGAGGAGUGUAAACCACUCAUUGAUACACCUAAAGAUAACACUGAAAGCCAUACAACUGAAAAAAAUCUAUUAUUUCCUAAAGGUAAUCGUAGUCAUUUAAAUGGACGUGAAGUUGGGCUUGAAGUAGUGCAUAUCACACAUGACAAAUCACGUGCAACAUUUACUUUCUUUGGAGAAGAUCAUACAUUAGGUUUAGCGCUUAGAUAUUGCAUUCUACGAGAUGAGUCAGUUAGCUUUUGCGGUUAUUGUGUACCCCAUCCUUUGGAGGAUAUGAUUAAUUUCGACAUUCAAAUGAAAAAAGGUUCAGCUAUCGAUGCUCUACGAAAUGGUCUCCAAUGUCUACGGAUUGUUUUCAACAUAUGA